AAUGCCCUGUCCUUAAAUUCUAUGGUAGCUUUUUGUUGUAUACAGAGGCUACACUCGGCUUCAAUGAUCUUGUACAUUAUAAUGGUUGGUACCGGGCAAGAGUUGGUUUUGAUCAUGGGGUAACUGUUAAUCCACCCAUACAAGACAGAAUUCAGUUCAUUACUCGGUGGUAUUCCAUGAGGUGUUAGCCCUGGGUCUAUACUGCUCUACAAGGGGUAUAAAUUGCCUUGAAAUUUUAAGACACUUUUCGUAGGAAGUGAUUAUUGGAGAAGGGAUUGAAGGUGCUGAGUUGAAUGUCAUUGUUUGUGAAUCGUUUGGGUCAAUUAGUGGCGCCAUGAUGUACUCCAAUGCGUUUGGUAUUGAGUCUGCUACAACCUCCACAUGGAUUAACCGGCAACAUAACAAUAUUGAAACCAGGGACGGAUCACAGUCACUUGAGGAUAGUAUCUUCGGUAGCUACUUGCCCAUCCCAACAUCAAAUACUUUUACUGACACUGUGGUAUCAUCGCGUACAAGUCAAGCACCUCUACCCUACCGGGCACCAUCAUCUGGGUUGGUACUGGGUUCUACCUCUUCACAGGCACACGUACCCGUAGAGCAUUGCAACAACAUGCUUUAUCAUAGCAUGACACCUUCGCCUAUGAUGCCUCCACAACAACUCAACUAUCCUUACGUGGAAUCAGCAGCCAAGAAGUUCAUGACUCCACUGCAUGUUAUUACAUCUAUGAGCAAUGAUCAUUUGCCUUUCUACUCGUACCCUCAAGGAGACUCCAAUAAAGGUGUUGGUCUCCUGAAGAUUGCUACAAAGAGUGGAGUAAAAUCAACGGGUUGGGUUCCACCACCAGCCUCAUCAAAUAGCCGGUACCAGCAAACUCAUGGGCAGUGUAGCAAUGUCGCCACAGAGACAGCCAGCUUUUCUGGAGUUAUUAAACCAACAUGGCGUCCAGUCUGCCAGCCAACUAUGGCAGUGGCUCCUAUCACACAUAUUGGACUUGGAGAUGGCAGGAUGAUCACAAAACGACCGGCCCCACCGGAGUGCAAUUUGCCCCAACUCAAGAAAAGGAAAUUAAGAACAACGUUCAGAAAGGAGCAAGUGGAGUACAUGGAAAAAUACUUCAAGAUUAGUAUGUACCUGAAUAUCUUAGAUCGCAAGGAGCUUGCUGUACAGCUUGGACUGGAAGAAACACAGGUAAAAACCUGGUUUCAAAACCGACGAAUGAGAUGGAAGCGUCAAAGACCGGGCGAAAUAUUCCCACCCGCUGCCAAAACCGUCAGGGUAAUGAGAACGUCACAGUGCCCUCCAGCGGCCACACAGGGCCAGUUUCCCGUCCCAACUCCACCGUUAUCAAAUGGGAGCACGCCACCUGCCGCCCCGGUGAUGGCAAUGCCAAGACAGUUUGUGGUUCCCACCCCACCGCCAUCCAACUUGACCACGCCCACUGUUGUUACCGGGACAGCAGUACAGUCUGAAGGAUUACCGUGGUAUCCAAUGCUAGCGCCCUCUACGAUCUACAGCCAACCUCCUACCUCAACAGUACCGACAGAAAGUUGUUGUCCAGCACAAACUGUGUACGGAACUCCUGUUUUCCCACACUUUCCAGCUGGGCUUGGCAUUCACCCUUGGACCUCGACUAACACGAUCGGGCCGCAUGGGGGCGUCCAGUAUCCCCCUCGUCACGUGUGAGAUGUCCAACCGUCAUGAAUGACGAUAUCUUCAAAAGCCUUCUCAGUGGCACACUGGUGGUCACCCCAACCCAUGGAGGAAGAAAAACCAACCGGACAAUGUCGUCAUUAUUAGUCAGGUUUAGACACCAGGAGGUGACUGCGACAAAGACCCGUGACGUCAUAAGUGCGACAAGUGGUCUUUCUGUAUUGCAAUGUCUUGCGAUGACUAAAACAAAAUACCUCCACAAACAAACAUCUCAUAAAGGUGCGUGCAAUCCGAUGCAAUUUACGACUACAUGUUCAAUGAAACCUGCCCGUGCAACACACACUAAACACAAUGUCACGUCACACCCGAGAUAAACAUUGUCUACUUCAUGCGUCACAAUAUUGACGUGAAAGAGUAAACAGUUUUCUUAAAUACGCAUUUUAUAGUUUUCUUUUUUGAUUUGUUCGGUUACUCUAUGAUUUGACAUAGAAGUCAGGAUGAAACGGUGGUAACUGGCUUUCUUAUAAGAUCAAUAGCAUUCAUGAGGUAGUAACUGUUUCGUGCCACGUUUAAAGGGACACUGCGAUCUUGAAUUGUACGCAUUUUGUUUCAUCAGUUUGUUCCAGAUGUGGCAUGUGUGGUUUAUUUUAUUCACACACAAACGUGAAGAGUCUGCUCAAGAAAGAGUCAGUUGAUAAAAUAACAGAAAGAAGCACUUUAUUGUUUAAUUUAUGAUUAUUUAUUUCCGUCUCUGUCUUACACAAUAUUUAUUAUUGUUAUGUUAUUCCAAGUGGUGAAUGGUUUUGUUGAGAAAAAAAAACUCUCUGUGCCGUUUGGUAAUGUGUUGUACUGUCUUUCUGAAGAAAUGUUAAGACAUCAGUGUUUUGAUGCUAUUUUUAUAAAACUCAUUCUGUGGACAAUAACCAGAUUAGGUCUGACGUCAUUCUGACGUCAUUACCAACCAACUGUCAAGAAACAGUGUUGUUUAAAGAUAAACUUUAUAAAGUUUUUGAGAAGUAUUUGUUUUGCAUUUUUGAUGAAGGAUAUACAUGUAGAUGUUUACUUCCCAUAAUAGUUCCUUUCAAAACAUUUGCUGUUAAUAUUUAUUUACAAUCAAUUAAAGCAACUGAGUGACUGGUAAAUAUCUUGGGCUGUUUUGUUUUAACAAUUAAUUAGGCAAUUAACUUCUCCAAAUAUUAGUUGGUAUUUACACACGGGGAGAAUGUGAGCUGUAAGGCCACAUGAUGGGACCAAACACGAUUUUAUUUCAUCAGUCUGUUCCGGGAAUUUGAAGGUGCGAAGUCCAAGAUUUCCAGGGGGGUCACUGUCCUCCAAAUCAGCAAUAUCAAACCUUUCAUUAUUAUUUCAUUUUUGAAUUGAAGAUUUACAUUUUUGAAUUUAUGGAGUACCUUAUGCAAUUGAUACUACGAGUAAGUAAUCGUUGUUUGAUUGAUUCGGCAAACUUUGUUGGUUAUCAUUAUUUUAGUCGAUGUUAUU